GCCACUGUGGACAAUGCCCGGCAGCUUCGGGGAGCCUCCGCAUUCCUCUCGCUCCUCCUCCUCUUCUUCUUCUCCUCCUCCUCCUCCUCCUGCUCAGCACACGCGGCAGCUGCAAUGACAGCAGCUGCGGCAGCCGGGCAGCAGCCAGGGGCAAAGUGAGGGGAUUGUUGCCGCCACCGCAAGAUGAACGCCUCCCUCGACGGCGGCGGCGGCGGCAACCACAGCAACAGCGGCGGCGGCGGCGGCAGGCCCUUCUGCCUCCUGGCUGCCGGCUACCCAGACGCCCUGGACAUCUGCCUGCUGGAGGUGGUCGUCAUCGUCUUCCUCACCGUCCUCAUCAUCUCGGGCAACAUCGUUGUCAUCUUUGUCUUCCACUGCGCGCCGCUGCUCAACCACCACACCACCAGCUACUUCAUCCAGACCAUGGCCUACGCCGACCUCCUGGUGGGCGUGAGCUGCCUGGUGCCUUCGCUGUCCCUGCUGCGCUACCGCGUCGCCUUCCUGCCCGAGUCCCUGGUCUGCCAGGCCUUUGGCUACGUGGUCUCUGUGCUCAAGAGCGUCUCCAUGACCUCGCUGGCGUGCAUCAGCGUGGACCGCUACAUCGCCAUCACCAAGCCCUUGACCUACAACACGCUGGUCACCCCCUGCCGGCUGCGGCUUUGCAUCUUGCUCCUGUGGCUCUACUCGGGCGCCGUCUUCCUGCCGGCUUUCUUCGGCUGGGGCAAGCCCGGCUACCACGGGGACGUCUUCCGGUGGUGCGCCGACUCCUGGGACACUCGGGCCGCCUUCACCCUCUUCAUCGUCGUCGUGCUGUACGCGCCGGCCGCCUUUGUGGUUUGCUUCACCUACUUCAGCAUCUUCCGCAUCUGCCAGCAGCACACCCGGGAGAUCAACGAGCGGCGGGUGCGGUUCAGCUCCCAGGAAGGGGAGGCGGCUGAGGCCCAGCCCUGCCCGGACAAGCGCUACGCCAUGGUCCUCUUACGCAUCACCAGCGUCUUCUACAUCCUCUGGCUUCCCUACAUCAUUUACUUCCUCUUGGAGAGCUCCUCCGUCUACCGCAACCGGGUGGCGUCUUUCUUGACCACCUGGCUUGCCAUCAGCAAUAGCUUUUGCAACUGUGUCAUCUACAGCCUGUCUAACAGCGUCUUUCAGAAAGGCCUGAAGCGCCUGUCGGGCGCCAUUUGCGCCUCCUGCGCCCGCCACCGGGCUCCGAAGGACUCUUCGGCCUCCAGGAGCAAAAGGCCGUCCAACGGCUGCCAUGCCUAGAUAAGGGAUUGGUCUGACUGCAAAAUAAAGAUGUCCAGGUUUGCAAAAAAAUAAAACAAGGAAG